AUGUUUAUACACGAAUUUGUUGGGAACUUGUACGUCAAUUCGACAAAUACUGUCGUAUUUGACGAUGCAGUAUUUGCAAGGUGUGUUAGGGUUGUACCUACUAGAAGGGUCGGUGAUGAUACCUCAAUGAGAUUUGAGCUUCUAGGCUGUGAUAGAAGCUCGUGUCAGGUGGAACUGGCAACUCUGUUGUUAGAGGAACAAGACACGUGGAAGAAGUUCAUGUUUGAUAAAGAAAAGAUCGUGUCCUCUGUGAAGAUAUCAAUGAAUCAGAACGACGUUACCGGUAUUCCUGUAUUCGCAAUGGCAGCGAGUAGAAAUUGUAACUUUGGUCCCAACGAUAGACUAGAAUACAAUGGGAAAACAAAAGUAAGAUCAUCACUGUCAAACAAUCACUGGAAAGCUAAAAUAGUCUCCUUUAUCCCGUAUGCUUUGGAUACUCAUGACGCUCUUGACUCGUGUGGUAAGACGAGAGUUGCUGCCCGCCAUACUGAUCGCCGGAAACGUGUCGUUGGUGGAGAUGCGUCACUUCCGGGAGAAUGGCCUUGGCUAGUGUCGUUGCAUUUUAUGGCUUCUCACGAAUUUACAGACAAUUCAGGACUGCCUCAUUUAUGCGGGGGCUCCCUUAUACACCCACAAUGGGUGGUGUCAGCAGCUCACUGUUUUGAUGAUAUGGCUGGUGAGGGACUAUCUAAUAAAGAUAAUUGGGUAGUAGUUCUUGGUGAACACUAUCAAGGUAUAAUGGACGGAACAGAACAGUUUCUUUACAUCGAUAAACUCGUCAAACAUCCGGAUUUUAUUCUUUCAUUUGAUCAUGCGAUCCUAAAUGAUAUUGUACUCCUUAAGUUGAACAUACCAGUCGUGCUAUCAGACUAUGUGAACACUAUAUGUUUAGAACCAAACUACACAGUACCUGACGGAACACCGUGCUUAACAACUGGAUGGGGACUUGUUGACGUCGAAGGCGUUGGUGUAGAGCUUCCUAACUCGGCGGAAUUGAGGAUUGUACCAAGAGAUGAAUGUAGAAAUAUUUAUGAAAGUUUGCCGGAUGACCACGAGGCGAAGCAAUUCGUUUCUAUUCAAGAGUCGGUGAUAUGCGCAAGAGCUGAUCGAACUGGAGUAGACGCUUGCAAGGGCGAUUCUGGCGGGCCACUAAUUUGUUACCAUAACGACCAUUGGAUACAGACGGGCGUUGUUUCAAUUGGUUAUCAGUGCGGGGAUAUAAGAUACCCAGGUCUCUAUACUAACGUGAACUACUUCUACGACUGGAUAGAAAAUACCAUACACACAGACGUCGGGACAUAAAUAUUCCAGCUGUAUAAAUGAAAAAUCAAACAUUCAACAAUGUAUUAAAGUAUAUAUUGAAACAAAAGAAGACACACCUUUUCAAUAGAAAAUAAACUUAAUAAUACUUAACUAAAGGUAAAUUGAUCGACUAGUAUGAUUUAAGAUAAACCAUGUUUUAAUUGUUAAAGACAAGAACUUAUCUUCUUAGUUUAUACUGCUAUUUUUCUUUUCUCAGAACAAGCAUUAAUUGAUUUAUACCAAUGGUACGAUAAUAGAACUACCACCCCUUUCAUUUACACUUAAAAGAAAACAUAUUUGUCUAGCAAUUUAUUAAAACUUGCUUACUCAUAAA